AUGAUCACGACCAAAGACCUGUUCAAGUCUCUGUGCUGCCUCCUCGUAGGCUUCACCGCAGUUUGGGCGAGUGAAAUCAUCAGAGGCAGCUGCGAUCGAAAGUCUUGCUCGGUCCUGCUCCAGAAAUCCAUUGAGGACGACAAGCUCACUACGACUCACAGCGCACACGUUGUGCAGCCCACUGUGGGUGAUCUCGAGCUCAACGUGCCUUGGGCAAAAUGUGCUUGGUUGGGCUACUGGUGUGGUCGAGGCUUCUACAAUGAGCACAUCGUCACCGCCGACGAGGCUGGCAAUCAGCCCGUACUCGACAGUACUGGCAAUUACAUUCUUUGCAAGCCAGUGAGCGUUCGUCAAACCAUCAGACCUACGUGA